AUGGACGUGGGAUACACAAUGGGAGUAGCUGCCAUGACGAAGGUGUCGGCUCAGCUCCUCAAUGUGCUGAUGCAGCAACAUAACUUCAGGUUCAAGUACACAAUAGCCGGGCGUUGGAUUGGCCUCCCAGAGCGCAACUCCACCCUGGCUGUUUCCAACUCCUUGUACUGGCGGGAGCAGGACAUCUCUUGCACUAGCGCCAGGAUGUUCCCCAAGUGGAUGGAAACUAAGUUCUACUACCUGAUACCGAAUAAUGGCGUGGGCGGGUACGAGAAUCAGUUCCUUCGGCCGCUGUCUGCGGGUGUAUGGUGGUGGUCGUGUGCAACACUGGUAGUGUGCGCUAUCGUGCUGGCGGUUGCAGCGACACUGGAGGGCCGACAAGCGCCUGCGCUGUACGCGCUCUUUAGUGUACUAGCAGCGCUCUGCCAACAAGGACGUCGUGUCACCGUGUUAGUAGUCGGCAUGACCAGCAUGCUGCUGUACAACUACUACACGAGCAGCGUGGUGUCCUGGCUCCUCAACGCCUCGGUGCCAAGCAUCGACUCCCUGCAGGGACUCAUGAACAGUGACCUGGAACUGGUCAUGAUGCGACUAUUGGAACGCGGUCACGUAUCCGUAUCUCGCGCACGCGUGGGCGGCGUGAUGCCAGCCUGCUCUGGGCGGACGCCACGAGCGCUAGCUCUCGGUCAAGCGGCGCCAGCAUUCGCUCUGUUGUUGGAGGCAGCGCUACUGGCCCUACUCAUUCUUAUCGUGGAGAUCAUACAACAAAGGUCAGUUAUCAGAACGUUGUUAACUCCCAUGCUAUCAGCAACAUGCCAGCGUGUUCAGAAGGUGGGACAAGCGGCGCCAGCAUUCGCUCUGUUGCUGGAGGCAGCGCUACUGGCACUACUCAUUCUUAUCGUGGAGAUCAUACAACAAAGGUCAGUUAUCAGAACGUUGUUAACUCCCAUGCUGUCAGCAACAUGCCAGCGUGUUCAGGUAAGUAGAAGGUGGGACAAGCGGCGCCAGCAUUCGCUCUGUUGCUGGAGGCAGCGCUACUGGCACUACUCAUUCUUAUCGUGGAGAUCAUACAACAAAGGUAAGUUGACGCUGGGACAAGCGGCGCCAGCAUUCGCUCUGUUGCUGGAGGCAGCGCUACUGGCACUACUCAUUCUUAUCGUGGAGAUCAUACAACAAAGGUCAGUUAUCAGAAGGUUAUUAACUCUCACGCUGGCAGCAACAUGCCAGCGUGUUCAGAACGUUGUUAACUCCCACGCUGGCAGCAACAUGCCAUCGUGUUCAGGUAAGUUGACGCUGGGACAAGCGGCGCCAGCAUUAGCUCUGUUGCUGGAGGCAGCGCUACUGGCACUACUCAUUCUUAUCGUGGAGAUAAUACAACAAAGGGAAAAAGAAAGAGAGGAUAAUAGGAUAACGGCAAGGAAGGAAAUAUUGUUAGGAAACGUCCCAGUUAUCUUGAGGAGCAUGGUCACCCUCGAUGGCCGAUCAAAUCGGGCCCUUAUAAAUGACGCAAUCAAUCGUCGUUACCCGGAGGCCGCACUACCGGCGCCGGCGCCCGCUUCCAAUUGA